GCGGUGAGGAGGGGCCGCGCGGGGCCGGGGGCGCGCAGAGCGCAGCAGCUGCCGCCAUGUUCGGGGGGUUCGGGAGAUGCUUUGAGGACGAUCCCUUCUUCAGGGAUCCCUUCGCUGCCCACCAUGAGCACAUGCGGCAGGUGAUGAGGAGCUUCUCCGAGCCCUUCGGGCGGGACCCGCUCCUGCGGCUGCCGGAGGGAGGGGCUGCGGCGGCGGGGAGAGCUCCGGAGGGCAGAGCCCAGGGGGGCAGAGCCCUGCCCGACUCACAGCUGGCCCUCAGGGGCUCUGCCAGGGCCUUUCCAGGCUUCUCCCUCAUGCCCUUUGCAGGUUUUGGGAGAGGGCAGGAUGCAGAUUUUGGGGAUCCAUUUUCUGCAAUGGACAGGAUGAUGUCGAACAUGAGGAACAGCAUGCUGGAAAUGCACAGAAAAUUUGAUGACCUGUCCCUCCAGCCCAGUGGGGGCCACAGCUUCAGCUCCUCCUCCAUGAUGACCUAUUCCAAAGUGGGGAAUGAACCCCCCAAAGUCUUCCAGGCCUCAGCCCAGACCUGCACAGCUCCAGGAGGGAUUAAAGAAACAAGAAAAGCCCUGAAGGAUUCUGAAAGUGGCGUGGAGAAAAUAGCCAUCGGUCACCACAUCCAGGACCGGGCUCAUGUGGUCAGGAAAUCCAGGAAUGCCAGGACUGGGGAUGAGGAAAUGAACCAAGAAUUCAUCAACCUGGAUGAAUCUGAGGCUGACACCUUUAAUGAGGAGUGGCAGAAGGAGAUCAUGAAGUUCAGGCCUUGCCGGAGCAGGGAAGCUGUGGAAAACCCAAGAUUUGGAAGCAUCCAUUACAACCCCAGGGAAAGUGCACCAAGAAGAGAGAAGCCACUUGGAGCUCCAGGAUCCAGAAUGCCCAGGGAUUCCCUGGAGACUCUGAAUGUCAAAGGAACACUUCUCCCCCUGAAGGGCUCCAGGAAAUAAAUGUCCCCCUUCCCUGGGCUGGAGAUUGCCUGGAGCAGGGAUGGUGCUCAGUGCUGUGUCCAUAACAAUACACCCGGAUUUGUGACCAAUCUCUGUUCUGUGUUGUGCCUUUGCUCCUCCUGCUGCUCCUUGUCCUUCAAACCUCAGCUCCCCCCUCCAUUCAACCCCAACAUCUUUCUGCCUAAAAGCACUUUAUGGAACAUCUCUGAUCCUGCUCAGACCAGCUUGGAUUUGCAGUUCUGUUCCAGCUGCACCAAUCUCAGCCUGGUGCUGCAGCUCCUCCUUCCCACUCUAAGUUGCACAAAAGUGAAUUUCCUUUCUUUUGGGUUGCUGAAAUGAUUACUGAUUUUCUAGAACUUAAAUACACUAUAAAGCACUAUUAUCUAUUUAGAAUUAUAAAUUGUUACAGAACCCCCACACUCACAUGAAGUGAGAGGAAAUGCUGAAAUAUGGCAACUUUAAAUUUAUCAGAGUUUUUAUGUUAAUAAGCUGAGUUUGCACCUCAUUUCCUGUGCCUGAACUGUCAACUUUGUAUUCCUGAUCCUUUGUUUGUUUUCUGUGGAGCUGGCCCAUCAUUUUCCAUUUUGAGGAUUGUCUGUAGUAUUUAAUUACUUUAAUUGUCCUGUAGUAAUAAGUGUCCUGAGAUCAGCUGCAGCUAGGAGUUACUCAUGGGAAAAAUUCAUGGGAGAAAUGAGUUUAACUGGAAUGAUUUCACCAUUUCUUGUGUUCUGAAGAGCCCUGGACACAGGAGCCCCUCUCCUUUCUGUGUUCUUUGUGUUUUACUGAGGGUAGAAUGACCCCAAAUGUACAUUUGAUAGGAGUUUAGAAGAGCAGCAAAAUCCUGGUGUUCAGUCCCUGGGCUGUUCUACCACACAGAACUAUCCCUGUGGUGUAGCAGAAUUUCUGUAAAUUAAAUAACAUUCAAUAAUAUAAAGUAAUUUAAUAGCAUUAAAGCACUACAGAAAUUCAAGGCUCCAUUAUAAUGUAGCCUUUAAAAGUACUGUUUGUAUGAUAAAAUAAGAUUUAGUCAGUUAAGAGUAAUAUUUGUUUGGCCAAAAAGCCUCUAAAUUGUAUUUAAUCUUCCUGCAGUUUCUCCAGAUUAUUUAAUUUUAAUUAAUGGAUGUUCAUUAAUGUGCAGACCCAACCAGCAGCACUUUUGUUGAGCUCUGAAAAGGGAAGGACAAUUAUUUGCUUGUAGUCUCUUCCUGAAUUAGAGAAGUAUCAGUGGCAAUAAUUGAUGUGAUCAAUAUUAAUGGCAAUAAUUGAACAAUUUAAUGAGCUUGGACACCCCUUAAAAUCAAAGCUCAACCCUGGGCUCAUCUUCCAUCCCCUGGAGCCAACGUGGAUUCUGCAGUUAAUUCAUUAGCUAAUCUCAGUAAUUAACAGCAGCAAUGUUUUCUGUGCUGGAAUUGGAGCAGGAAUCUUGGAGAGCUGCUGCUGUUAAAUGGAGAAUUCACCUGACAGCUCAGAUUUUUAUGUGAAAUAAAAAAAGAGUUUUGAAAUGACAGUGGGACAGGUGAAUAUUUCCUCCAGCUCCCUUUGCUACACCAGACUGUUCUCCAGUAUCCCACAAGUUGUGCUCUGGAAAAACACCUGGAACUGCACUUCUUUAAUAAAGUUAUUUAUUAUUUA